GGUGCGGCGGCUGCGAUGUGCUCUGCGGGGAGGCGCUGGGGCCGGCGGCAGCGAAUCCUGCUCUGGGGCGUUCUGCUGGCGGCUUGGGAGGCGGUGUGGGGGCAGCUGCGCUACUCGGUGCCCGAGGAGAUGCCCAAGGGCUCGUUCGUGGGAGAUAUGGCCAAGGACCUGGGGCUGCAGCUGCCGGCGCUCCAAGACCGCGGCGUCCGUGUUGUCUCCGAAGACAGGACGCAGUAUUUUGCUCUGCACGGGAAGACGGGACAUUUAUUGACGGCCGAGAGGAUCGACAGAGAAGAUUUAUGCGAGAGUGUGGAGCAAUGCGUGCUGCGCUGUGAGCUGAUAGUGGAGGGGGAAAUGAAGGUUUAUGGAAUAGAAGUGGAAGUAACGGACGUUAACGACAAUGCGCCCAGCUUCCGAGAGGCAGAAAAACAGCUGAGAGUGAGUGAGACAACUUCUCUGGGGUCGCGAUUUCCCCUAGCCAGGGCUCAUGACCCCGACUGGGGACAGAAUUCCCUGCAGAGCUACGAGCUGAGCGGCGACGAGCACUUCUCGCUGGCCGUGCAGACGGGCCCCGGCGGGGAUCAGCGUCCCGAGCUGGUGCUGGCGAAGGCGCUGGACCGGGAGGAGGCGGCGUUCCACGAGCUGGUGCUGAGGGCGAUGGACGGCGGCGAUCCGGCCCGGACGGGCACGGCGCGGAUCCGCGUGACGGUGGUGGACGCGAACGACAACGCGCCCGUGUUCAGCCAGGCGGAGUACACGGUGCGUGUGCCGGAGGACGUGCCCGUGGGCUCCACCCUCGUCACCGUCACGGCCACCGACCCCGACGAGGGUAUAAACGGGCACAUGAAAUUUUCAUAUCAAGCACUUUCUGUGAAAGCCUCGCAAAUUUUUCAGCUUGACGCCGAAACAGGAGAGAUUAUGUUGAUGCGUAACUUGGACUUUGAGGAAGGCAACUACUAUGAACUGGAGAUUCAGGUUCGAGACGGCGGAGACCUUUCCGACACGGCGAAAGUAGUGAUCAGCGUGACAGACGUAAACGACAAUGCGCCGGAGAUUUCUGUGAGGUCAGCGCUGAGUGAGAUCUCGGAGGACGCCCCGACGGGGACGGUGGUGGCCCUGCUGCACGUGCACGACAGAGACUCGGGGGCCAAUGGCGACGUGCGCUGCUCUCUCGACGGGAGUCUCCCUUUCCGGCUGGACAGCUCGCAAGGCAGCCACUACCGCGUGGUGACAGCGAGAGAGCUGGACCGGGAGCAGCAGUCGGAGUACAACGUGACAGUGCGGGCGUCCGAUGGCGGGUGGCCGGCGCUGCAGAGCAGCAGGGUGCUGGCGCUGCGGGUGCUGGACGUGAACGACAACGCGCCGGUGUUCUCGCAGGAGCGCUACAGCGCGCGUCUGCGGGAGAACAACGCGGCGGGCGCGCUGGUGCUGGUGGUGCGGGCGACGGACGCCGACUGGGGUGGGAACGCGCGUGUGCGGCUCCUGGACCCAGUCCUGGUCAAUAUUUUUAUCACUGAUCUGGAAGUGGGUAUUGAGUGCACCCUCAAUCAGUUUACAGAUGACACCAAGUUGGGUGGGAGUACCCUUCACUAUCAGAAUGACACUGAACUAUUGAAGCACUUGCAGAGCAGAGCAAUGAAGCUGGUGAAGGAUCUGGAGAACAAGAUUUAUGAGGAGCAGCUGAGGGAACAAGUUCUUCUGCACUUCCUGAGUGGAAUCGCGGAGAGAACCCAGCGCCGGUGCAGCCCCCAGCGCGGCCCAAAGGCGGCUGCAGUGCUGCGGCGGCGCCUCCGGGUGUCGCUGUUGGCCGCCGCCGAGCGGCGCUGGAGCCGCAGCCGCCGCCGCCGCAGCGUCCUGCCCCCGCAGGCUGCUCGCUCGCCCGGCCAGUGGCGGCCAGAGCGGCAGCGGCACGGGCAGCAGAG